AUGUCACAACCAAAGUUCCUGUCGGGCGACGAGGCCGGCAUUGACGAGUUUCUCGACAGAUUCGAUGUAUUCCUCUUCGACUGCGAUGGCGUCCUCUGGUCCGGUGACCAUAUGUUCGAGAAGGUACCCGAGACGCUUGAGAUGUUGAGGAGCAAAGGCAAGAGGCUAGUAUUCGUCACAAACAACAGCACGAAGUCGCGCGCCGACUACAAGAAGAAGUUCGACAAGCUGGGCAUACCCGCUGAAGUUGACGAGGUCUUCGGUUCGUCGUACAGCGCCGCCGUAUACAUCGCCCGCAUCCUCAAGCUACCGGCACCAAAGAACAAAGUGUUUGUCAUGGGAGAGAGUGGUAUUGAACAGGAGCUCGAGGCAGAAGGUGUACCCUAUAUCGGUGGCACCGACCCCGCAUUGCGCCGCGACAUUGAACCGGAGGACUUUACAAACAUUGCCAAUGGGUCAUUGCUAGAUCCAGACGUAGGGAUUGUCCUCAGCGGACUAGACUUCCACAUGAACUACCUGAAGACGGCGAUCGGGUUUCAAUACCUGCAGCGCGGCGCAGAGUACCUCGCGACGAACAUCGACAGCACAUUGCCCAUGGCACACAGCUUCUUCCCUGGCGCUGGAGCUAGCGGUGCAGGUCUCGAGAAGGCAAUCGGGAAGACUCCUGUUUCGUUUGGCAAGCCGAGUCAGGCUAUGAUGGAUGCCAUUGAGGGCAAGUUCAAGCUGAACCGGAGCAGGACGUGCAUGAUUGGCGACAGGCUGAACACGGACAUUCAGUUUGGCAUUGACGGGAAGCUGGGUGGCACGUUGGCGGUGUUGACUGGUGUGAGCAAGAAGGAGGAAUUUCUUGCGGAGGGUGCGAAGACAGUACCGUCGGCAUACGUGAACGCCAUAGGCGAUUUGCUGGGUUGA